UAAAUGAUGAUUAAAAAGGCAUUGGCAAGCCUUCAUUUUAAUUUUAAUCGCAAACAAUUACAUUUUCUUCCGUAACUUAUCAUACAGCUCUUGAGUCACCUGUCUAAUGUUGGCCAGCUACCUUUAGUUAUCUGCCAGUUUUAUUGUUAGUUUUCAUAUUAAAUACGUUCACUAUUAGUGUUUAAUAACAUUAUCAAUUUCAAAAUGAUAAACGAACCUAUCCCUGAGGUGGACAUGAGGAUUGUGGCCCAAAAUGCAGAGCUUCAACGCCGAGCCAUUCUAGGCUUCGCGCCCCGUAUUGGAUUGGCAACAGUGGACUACGACGAUCUGGACAGAAUUGACAAUUUCUAUUUGGAGUGUCAGAAGUUCCGUGACUAUUACCGCGAUCCGCACAACAAACUUCACAAGCCCUCGCGUUUCCGGCAGCAUCAGGGAAAGUGUGGUAUCAAGCUGGACCAUAGUGUCCAGCACUUGACCCAGCCGAUCCGAUGGGUGGAGGAGCAGCGGCCCCUGGUCUAUCCUCUUUCGAAGGACACAGCCUUAAGGCUGGGCAUGCCAAUUCCUCCCAUGAUCAGUGGGCGAUACGACAAGUCCUCUUCCUUGUCCUUCCUUCACUAGACCAUGCAUUUCCGAUGCGUUAGCAGAAGAGCUGAGGUCCUCUGCGAGGACUUCUUUCAAUCCAGUGGAAGGCAUCUGGUGGAUACAAAAGCGUUCGCAGAGCAUCUGAGCUCCUCUGUCAACGUUUGGCCAAAUUAAAAUGGUCAACUAAAUUGUUCUGUGCAAAUUUUUCCAUUUAAAACAUAAGGAGUAUAAAUAUAUUCUGUGGAAUAUUUUAUGCUUUUAUUGGGCUAAUAUACAUUUUUUUCACAAGCUUAGGGUAUAGUCUGUAUUAUUACAUGAAUAAUACGAGUUGAAAAAGAUAAAAUGUUUUAAUCUAAUUUAAUAUUUUCU